AACAUGGAAUCAUUGACAGAACUGUGGUUAGACGGGAACUUGCUUACAGGACAACUUCCUGACAUGAGCAAUCUUGUCAAUCUAAAGAUUGUGCAUCUGGAGAACAACAGAUUGACAGGUCCCUUACCAUCUUACUUGGGUAGUUUACCAAGUUUACAAGCACUGUUCAUACAGAAUAACUCUUUUAGUGGGGUAAUACCAUCAGGUUUACUGUCAGGCAAAAUCAUUUUCAACUUUGAUGAUAAUCCUGAACUGCAUAAAGGGAACAAGAAGCAUUUUCAGUUGAUGCUAGGAAUUUCUAUUGGAGUACUAGGGAUUCUAUUAAUAUUAUUCUUAGCAAGUUUGGUUCUAUUGCUUAAUCUGCGGAGAAAAACUUCUCGACAGAAACGAGAUGAAAAGGGUAUUUCUGGGCGCAGCAGUACUAAACCUUUAACUGGAUACUCAUUUGGUCGAGGUGGAAAUUUAAUGGAUGAAGGUACUGCUUGCUAUAUUACACUCUCUGAGUUGAAAGAAGCUACUAAUAAUUUCUCAAAGAAAAUUGGCAAAGGAAGCUUUGGAUCUGUCUACUAUGGGAAAAUGAGUGAUGGAAAAGAGGUGGCAGUUAAGACUAUGACCGAUCCAUCAAGCUAUGGGAACCAGCAAUUUGUAAAUGAGGUAGCCCUCUUAUCAAGAAUUCAUCACAGAAACUUGGUUCCUCUGAUUGGAUAUUGUGAAGAAGAAUAUCAGCAUAUGCUGGUUUACGAGUAUAUGCACAAUGGCACUUUAAGGGAGUACAUUCACGAAUGUUCGAACCAGAAGCAAUUGGAUUGGUUAGCUCGCCUUCGAAUUGCAGAAGAUGCAGCUAGAGGUCUUGAAUACUUACACACAGGAUGCAAUCCAAGUAUCAUUCACCGUGAUGUGAAGACAAGCAAUAUUCUCCUAGACAUCAAUAUGAGAGCAAAAGUGUCAGAUUUUGGACUUUCAAGACUCGCUGAAGAAGAUUUAACACACAUAUCAAGUGUUGCAAGGGGAACUGUAGGUUAUCUGGAUCCUGAGUACUACGCAAAUCAGCAAUUGACUGAAAAAAGUGACGUGUAUAGUUUUGGAGUCGUUAUGUUGGAACUGAUAUCAGGAAAAAAACCUGUAUCCUCAGAAGACUAUGGUCCUGAAAUGAACAUCGUUCACUGGGUAAGAUCCUUAAUUCGUAAANUAAUGAACAAUUUGUUUUUAGUAAUAAUUCAUUUAAAAAAUACCUAA